AUGUUUCAUCACGUCAAGGAAAGUGUUGUUAAUGGAUGCUCAAGUCAUGUUCAUACAGAUGAACAUGAUGUAUAUUUGUGUAGAGGUAAAUGCAAUCAUUAUCAUGAAUCAAAUUUAGAUUUAAUCCGAACGAUAUGUCUUCCUCAAACAAUGAAGAAACGCGUUUUAAAUGAAUUAACAACUAUUGGUAUUAUAUAUGAAGAAGAAAUGGCAAAAUCAGCACUUAGUGCUGCUGGUGUUGUUACAUUUCCUACCAAAUCAAGAAGUUUGUGA